AAAGUCUUACGGGACCUGGUAUAACUCGUUGUGCGAACGACAGCAAUCAAUUCCUCGGCUUGGCCAGGAGGAGAGCUUCCAGGUGAAUCCCCCAUCCCGGCUCGAUUGAGGUGUCGCCCCGCACGGCGACAUUCCGGACUGCAUAAAGUACAGAAAGAGCCAUUCCCGAACUCAUAAGUUAGGUCGCAGGCCAGCCCCUACACGAUCAUGCACAUCAUCCUCACCGGGGCCAGCGGCAACGUCGGUUUCCCCAUCCUCCGUCGCUGCCUCGUUACCCCAUCCAUCACCCGCGUCUCCAUCCUCUCCCGGCGCCCAUUCCCCCUCCCCACCGGCCCAGGCGUCGAUGCAACAAAAGCCAACCUCAUUCUCCACGACGAUUUCGACCGCUACACGCCCGAAUGUAUCGCCACCCUCGCUGGCGCCCGCGCGUGCAUCUUUGCGUUGGGCGUGAGUCAGAACGAUGUCGGGAAGGAGGAGUAUGUGCGGAUCACGCAUGAUUACCCUCUUGCGGCGGCCAAGGCUUUUGCAAAGUUGAACGGGGAGAAGCCGUUUAUUUUUACCUACAUUUCUGGCGAGGGGGCGGACAUGGACGAGCGGGCAUGGACGCUGUUUGGGAACGUCAAAGGGCGCGCUGAGAAGGCGUUGUUGGCGUUGCCGGCUUCGGCGCCGGAUCUUGCUGCGUUGCGGGUGUAUAACGUCCGGCCGGGGAUGGUGGUGGGGACACACAGGCCUAUUUCUUUCGGCAAGAGGGUGGCUUUCAACGCGUUGGCGCCGAUAUUGAAUCUGGCGUUACCGUCGAUGGUGUCGCCGGCGGAGCAGCUUGCCAAAUCGGUUGUGGAUGUUGCGCUGGGGGAUGGGGAGCCGCUUCCUGCUGGUGUGGGAAUUGAGGCGGGUGGGAGGUUGGUGAGGAGCUCAGCUAUUCGGUACCUUGGUCUGGAGGAUUCGAAGUAGACUGAUGUAAAGGACUUUUUGAACCAGAAUCAUGCAAUGCAUGGCCAGAAGGGGAUUGCAUAUCAGGCCGAACUUCAAGUCGCAACUAGGAGAUGAGAAUUGACUUGAUAGGACGCGGUGGAUGGUUGUCGAGAUGCCAGCACUGUCCCGUAACAUACACAGGCAAUUGCCCACCUCCAUCAUGGACGAGCAGAUGGCCGC